UCUUUGGCUUGUAACUCUGUGGAGUUCUCUAAUGAGGAUGUUUUUAGAGAGUUUUUGUGCUUUUUCUCGUGUUUUUUCUUUGUGUUGUUUUUUAAAUGCCGCUUCCACCUGGGGUCCGUUUCACAAAGCAGGUUUAUUGAAAACUCAGAGUUUGUUAACCCUGGAAUCACGGAAACUCAGAGUUUUCCGUUUCACAAAGGAGGGUCAGUCAAACCCGAGAGAGAGGGUUAACUCUAACCUGUUUCACAAAGUGAGGUAACUUAACCUCGAGCUCAGUUGCCAUAGUAACAUACUCCGUGAAUCUAACCUGGUCGGGACCAGGUUUUCCUGAAGAAACCCUGAGUUUCUCUCUGUCUCCGCCCACUUUCAGAGCCACAUACUUAAUUUGAUUUCCUCAUUCCUGCGCUGUCAGAACGUCCUCUAGUUCCAGAAGGCAACGUUUGAACAUGGCGUGUCCUUUUGAUCACGAUCCUGUGGACGAAGGUGCAGCAAUCCUGCGCAGGGAAUUACAUAUCUGUCGGCAGAGAGUACUCAGACCACGCAUAGAUAUUUCAGCCCUCCCGGACAAUUUUCUUUUUGAGCGGUACCGUUUUACUUCACAGUCUAUAAUUUACAUACACAACCUCAUCCGUCCGCACAUUUCAAACAUCACGAGUCGCAGUCAUGCGCUCACAUCGCAGCAGAUUUUGUGUGUGGCGCUGCGUUUUUUUGCCAAUGGCAGUUUCUUGUAUAACAUCGGAGAUGCUGAGCACUUGAGUAAGGCAACUGUAUGCAGGGCCAUCAGAAGAGUCUGCCUCGCCCUGAAAAGACUUUUACCUAUAUUUGUUGUCUUCCCUGGACACAAACCUGUCAGGGCCAUUAAGGAAGAGUUCCACAGGAUCGCAGGAUUUCCCAAUGUGAUUGGCUGCAUAGAUGGUACGCACAUUCCCAUCACGGCUCCCUCACAUAAUGAGGCUGAUUAUGUGAAUAGGAAGUCCAUUCACAGCAUUAAUGUGCAGAUCAUAUGUGAUGCUGCACACAUAAUCUCCAAUGUGGAGGCCCCGUCCACCUGCCAGCUAUGCAGGAUGGCCGAGCGGUCAGAGACACGAUUUGUACUAAUCACUUUUGAGUUUAAAGCACCACCACAAAUAAAAACAUGAGGCACAUUUCAGUUGGUCUUCUUUAUUUCCUACAAAUACAAAAGCUAGUUAAGUUAAUGUUCCAAUAGUUAACAUUGACAUAAUUGACAUGUGACCAUGCACCCACCU